AUGUGGUCUCGGAUCGGUGGCGGGAAGAACGCCUGUGCCGGCUUACCAUUGCGGCUGGUCCUGAAAGGCGAAAUGUUCUCUCCCUUGUACUGGAAGACGAAGCACCAGGCCCUGAUCGACAUGCAGCGCCAGUGCGGCUUCCCGGCCCUCUUCAAGACCAUGGCCCCCUGGGAGUACAGCUUUCCGUACCAUGUCUUCGUCCUGGACGAGAUGGAGAAGGGCGGUCGCGGAAGGAUGCAGCUGGCUGGUCUCGAGACGCUCCACACGGCCCACGUCUUCACGGAGCUCAACCGCGGACUCUACAGCGGACUCAACAAGACUGCCGCCCAGGACGGCUGGAAGGACCACAUCCUGGCGUCCACGGCGUCAGAAGAGGGUAACAAAACCGUGGUCAACUACUUCCAGCGCCUCGAGUUCCAGGAUGGCAAGCGCAAGAGAUCGGCCUGGGUGCCUGAUGCAGAGGAGCAGCCAGCACUGCGAGGCUACAUGCUAGGCCGGCCUCAUGGUCGCAGUGACAGCGGCUGGCCGGUGGAGGGCGGCGAGUCCCGGUAUGACCCAGAGGACAAGAUCGUCAGGGUGCUGUUCGAUUACCAGCCCGCUGAACCGGAGAUGUGGCUCUACCUCUGCGCGCAGCAGAUGCCGCCUUGCCGCUACGGUGGCACCAUGGUACCGCUCAUCGCGCCUUGGCCCGGUAUGGAGGCACCGCCGCAGGUGGUGAAUGCCUACGAGGACUCGGAAUGGCGCCGCGAGGACAUGAUCCUCCUGGUGGACUGCCGCAAGACCAACAAGGACGGUCGCAUCGCCCAGUGGGUGAUCAAGCUCCACAAGGCAGCGGGGGACGUGCAGCCUGCAGACGACGAGGCCACGAAGCUCCGAAAGCUACACGACCUCGCGAACAGCUGCGCGAUGAGUGGCGAGAAGCUGGUGGCCUGCGACAUGCUCUCGCUCUUCAACGACCGGUGGUUCGGGCAGUGGCUGGCUUUGCGACAGCCGUUCCGGUGCCUCGACGACCUCAUGCUGCCAGAAGUACGGGAGAAGGUGCCGCCCCAGUACGUCCACUUCGCCAAUGCAGUGUUGCAGUGCCCGGAGUUCUGGCAGGACGAGGAACGCAUUCACGCCGAUCUGGAACUGGAGGCCAUGGGAAACGUGUUGGCACAGCGGGCGUUGGUGGAGAAAUUCCUCAGCGGCGAGCUCGCGAAGGAGGACACUGAUGGCACGCGAGAGGCACUGCGUGAGGUGGGCCUGCUACCCGAGGAGGAGGAUCCCAUGUUCAAGGACGUCCAUUUCAACGAGCGGCAAGAGCGACUGGAGAAGAGCAUCUGCAAGUUGCUGGACAGGGCCAAGGCGGCGAGGGAGGCGCCGAACGAAGCGGCAUGGGAUCGCAUCGUGGAGGAAGCCAAGAAGCAGAACAGGAGCAAGCACCCCGAAGCCGAUGUGGACACCUGUGCCGGCGCCUUCUUCCUCUACAAGGAUUCGGUGGAAGUAAUGGACUGCCUGACGCAGUACGACAUGAUCGCGGUCGACGAGAUCUCCCAGCUGUCCCAGAAGGACUUCGAGCGCAUCAUCCAGAUGUGGGAGGCUGCAGACCGGGUACCUGUCCUCGUUUUCGCAGGCGACUUCUGGCAGCUCCCAGGCGUGCAGCCCACCAAAGCCACGGACAGCCCGAAGUGGCACAUGGUGCAUCAGAUCGAGCUCCACGACAUGUGGCGCUGCAAGGACGAGACCUUGCGCCAGAAGCUGGUCGCUCUGCGGACCGCGAUGCCCACGAAGGAGCUUCUGAAGCGCAUCUGCCUGCGCCACAAGGCCUGGUCCGGUCAUCGGAAGCCGACGGCUUGGGACAUACAGCAGCUCUAUCGCAAGGUACCCCACACCACGGUGGCCACUUGUACGAAGAGAAGGGCCGCCCACGUCAACGACCUCUCCAUCUGGGUGCUCUUCACGACCCAGCGAAAUGCGGACAACUACGACGAGAAGAACAAUGUCAUCGCAGGCCGGCCACCGAAGCCCUUGACCAUGAAAGUCUACAAGAACCUCCGCGUGCAUCUGACCCGCAACGUGGACAAGUCCUCGGACUUCGUCAACGGCAUGGAGGCCACUGUCAAGAGCUACGACCCGAACUCUCGCUGCCUCCAUGUGCUCACCAAGACAGGUCGCAACUUGGCUGUGUACCCCAUUACGGACUGGGUGGAGGGCUGUGGCUACGUCACUGCUUACCCGGUCCGUCCAGGGUAUGCCAGCACGGUGCAUAAGUUGCAGGGGGCCGAGCUGGAGCAUAUCACCGUGUGGCUGGACAUCCCCUUCAUGCGGGCGGCCGGAUACGUGGCACUGAGUCGUGUGCAGCGAGACACCGACUACCUCCUCGGUGGCAUCGUGACGCGCCGCCACUUCCUCCCAGCAAUGUGA